GUUACCAUCGAGCAGACGAGCACUCACCGAGAGGCCAGUCAGAAGACUUGAGUGACUGUCCGGUUCAGACGUAAGUCCUCUAAGCUACCGUAAGGUUGACGACGUCUUGCUAAAGACUAGUGUUGUGAAUAAAAUCGUGAUGGAAGGAAAAAUAAGUUACUUUUCACCGGGCCCUGCAAAAUUACCACACGAGGUGCUCUUGGAUUUGCAAAAGGAGUUGGUCCAUCACAAGAACUCGCAUGUCAGCGUGAUGGAACUUUCCCAUCGCUCCAAGGACUUCGCCAAUAUUCUGGAUGGUCUGGAAAGAGCGGUGCGGGAAUUAUUGAACGUGCCAGCCAAUUACAAAAUCCUCUUGAUGCAAGGAGGUGGCACUGGGCAGUUUGCAGCUGUGCCCCUUAAUCUCAUGUCCAGAAGUGGUAAAGCUGAUUAUAUAGUCACAGGCACGUGGUCGAGCAAAGCGGCAAAGGAAGCUUCCAAGUACGGAACCGCGAACUUGGUUCUUCCCAAGAUGGACCGAUUCACGCACAUUCCCGACAAGUCAACCUGGAAGUUAGACUCUGAGGCUUCUUAUGUAUACUACUGCGCUAAUGAAACCGUAGAAGGCGUGGAAUUCCAAGACAUUCCAGAAGUUCCUGAAGGUGUCCCUCUCGUGUGUGACAUGUCUUCAAAUUACUUCUCUCGUCCUGUAGAUGUCACGAAGUUUGGCCUCAUCUAUGGUGGAGCUCAGAAGAACAUAGGAAGUUCAGGAGUGACAUUGAUCAUCAUCAGAGAAGAUCUCUUGGGGUCACCUUUGCCAGUUUGUCCCACAGUAUUAGAUUAUACUAUCAUGGCAAAGAACAGCAGUUUGUAUAAUACUCCUCCAACAUAUGCAAUCCAUGUCAUGGCAGAAGUCCUGAAAUGGGUGAGAAAGGAAGGUGGGCUGGAAGAAAUGGAGAGGCGAUCCAUCAAGAAGAGUAAUUUGAUCUAUUCGAUCAUUGAUGAAUCGGAUGGAUUUUACAAUAAUCCUGUGGAGUCAAAAUCAAGGUCGAGAAUGAAUGUAGUCUUCAGGGUUGGUGGAGCCAAAGGAAAGGAAGAUAUGGAAAAGAAGUUUGUCGACUCUGCAGCUGCUGAAGGUUUGCUGUCUCUAAAAGGACACAGGUCUGUUGGUGGAAUAAGAGCUUCACUGUACAAUGCAAUCACAGUUGAGGAUGUUAUGAGAUUGAGAUCAUUUAUGAAAAAGUUCUGUGAAGAAAAUAGGGCUUGAAGGUUUUAAAUUGUUUUUUUAAAAAUCUAGAUUUUAGUGAUACAUACAUACUUUAAAUUUUAAUUAAAAUAUCAAUACAAUCCUAUUAGUAUAUACGUAUGUCCAACAAGUCUGGUUUUUUUUAGACAUAUCUCACUUAUUCAGUGACAGUACUUUGUAAAAAAAAAUAUAUAUAUAUCAUACUGUCAACGCACUUAUAAAGUAACAAAGUCC